AAUGGCACCGGUUAUUAAACAAAAAACAAAGAAAUCCCCUAAAAAGGAAGAAUCUGCCGCAAAUAAGGAAACUGUAGUAUCUUCACAGCUUCAAAAGAAAAUCAACAAACAACAAGCCAAGAAAAAGGAUGAUCGUGGUGUUGUUUUCAUCAAACACUUGCCUCAUGGUUUCUUUGAACAACAGUUGAAAAAUUAUUUCGAACAAUUUGGUAAGGUGACAAGAUUGCGAUUGGCCCGCUCCAAGAGAACUGGCAACAGCAAAGGUUAUGCCUUUGUGGAAUUCGAAUAUCCCGAGGUUGCACAAGUUGCCGCCGAAACUAUGGAUAAUUAUUUGAUGUUUAAGAAACUUGUCAAAGCCGCUUACAUACCACCAGAGAAACAACAAUACAACUAUUUCAGAUCCACAGUGCGACAAAUUAAAAAUAAGUCUGGAAAAACUGUGUGGGUGUCGAGUAAAACCGCUUCGGUACAACGUAAAAUGAAACAACACAACGAUUGGUCCGAGGAGAACUUCACCAAACGUACCACCAAACAGCUAAAGAAAUUGCAGAAAAUGGCAAAGAAAUGUGAACAUCUUGGCAUCGAUAUUAAUAAAAUCAUAAUUGAACCUAAACUAAAAAGUGAUGAUAAUGCUGCUGGCAGCUCUAAAUCGUCGAAAAGGAAAAGUGAAAAGCAGCCCACGGAUGAGAAGAAAUCAAAGAAACAACCAAAAUUGGAAGAUUUAUUAGGUAAUACCAUACAAGAGGAUUCUGAAGAUGAAGAUUACAUUGCAAUGGGUGAGGAUGACGAUGAACAAUCAUCCGAUGAAGAAUCCUAUGGAUUCCUUAAAGAAGAUGACGAUGAUGAUGAAGAGGACGACAAGGAACAGAAACCCGUUAAACCAACUAAAAAGACUAAAACCAAUUUUAGCAAAUCUUUAAAGGAUUCAAAUAUUGAACGUUUCGAUCAGAUGCUUAAACGUAAACCACACACCGGUGGCAUACAAAAGCCAACAAAGAAACUUGUUAAACCUGCCGUUGUUUCGAAACCCAAAAAUAAAAUGCAAAUUAAUGCAGCAAAGGAGUUAGCUAAACCUUUUACAAAGGUCCAAGGAAAGAAUGCAAAAAAUGCUGGUAAAGCGUUAAAGAAAUCUAAAAAAGUUAAAUAG